CUCACACGCGCACGCUCACACACCCGCCGCGCGGCCAGGCCACCGGCCAGCCUCUCUGCUCGGUCUCCCCCACUUCUCUCCUUCUCCUGCGUUUUCCGUUCACACUUUACGACAAACUUUCCCCCUCCUGAACCGACGCGGGACAAGCGACGCAAAAGAACCGGAUUAACGCCAGUGAAUGUCCCGCUGUCUGCCCGUCUGUCUGCCGCCGGUCCCGCCGUGAUUCACCGCCCUGCCAGCGCAACGAGCAGCGGGCCUUAACUUUCCGUCACCUCCCUUCACACUUUCACUCCCUCCGCCGCCGCCGCCGCCGCCGCAAGUCACCGGGCAGCGACGUCAGUCCCGGGGAAAAGUUAGGACAGAGCCGCCGCUGUCGCCGCUUCACCGGAGGAGUCGAGACGAGCCCAGACCGGGAUCGGAAGUGACACCAGAACCGGUACCGGCCUGACCCGGCCUAUGUGAUCUUUCGGUUGUUGUUCUCGUGUGAACGGGGAGAUGGGGACGGUGUGAACGGGUCAGCGCGUGGCCUUCACGAGAUUCGGUUUCCUCCGGUAGAGGUGGAGUGGGCGGAGCUGAAUCAUGGCGGGUGCGUCGGUGAAGGUGGCGGUGCGAGUCCGUCCGUUCAACUCCCGCGAGACGGGACGCAACGCCAAGUGUGUGAUCCAGAUGCAGGGAAACACCACGUGCAUUUCAAACCCCAAACUGGGCAAAGAUGGAGCCAAGAAUUUUACCUUUGACUAUUCCUACUGGUCACACACAACGACUGAUGACCCCGGCUUCGCGUCUCAGCGACAGGUCUACAAAGACAUCGGGGAGGAGAUGCUGCUGCACGCCUUCGAAGGUUACAAUGUGUGUAUUUUUGCGUAUGGACAGACCGGUGCAGGGAAGAGUUACACCAUGAUGGGGAAACAAGAACCGGGGCAGGAAGGCAUCAUUCCACAGUUGUGUGAGGACCUGUUUCAGAGGACCGGAGAAAACUCUGACCCCGACCUGAACUACUCUGUGGAGGUGUCCUACAUGGAGAUCUACUGUGAGCGGGUCAGGGACCUGCUCAACCCAAAGUCUCAAGGGACUCUGAGGGUUCGAGAGCAUCCCAUCCUGGGGCCGUAUGUGGAGGACCUUUCCAAACUGGCUGUGACCGGAUUCACAGACAUCCGGGACCUGAUGGACGCCGGCAACAAAGCUCGGACGGUCGCGGCCACAAACAUGAACGAGACAUCGUCCAGGUCGCAUGCCGUCUUCACCAUCGUCUUCACCCAAAAACGGCGGGACCAGAUGACCGGCCUGGACACAGAGAAGGUCAGUAAGAUCAGUCUGGUGGACCUGGCAGGAAGUGAGCGAGCCGACUCCUCGGGGGCAAAGGGCACCAGGCUCAAGGAAGGAGCGAACAUCAACAAAUCUCUGACCACGCUGGGGAAAGUGAUAUCAGCUUUGGCAGAAAUGCAGAGUAGUAAGAAGAGAAAAAGUGACUUUAUCCCCUACAGAGACUCUGUACUUACCUGGCUACUGAAGGAAAACCUGGGAGGAAACUCUCGUACGGCCAUGAUCGCCGCUCUCAGUCCUGCUGACAUCAACUAUGAAGAAACACUGAGCACUCUCAGGUAUGCUGACCGUGCCAAACAGAUCCGCUGUAACGCUGUCAUCAAUGAAGACCCCAACGCCAAACUGAUCAGAGAGUUGAAGGACGAAGUGGAACAUCUGAGGAACCUGCUCUUCUCACAGGGUCUGCAGGAGCUGCUGGAUAAUGCUGUCAACAACAACAAUGGCCCUGGCGGCAUUGUGGGUGUGGCUUCCUCUCCUCUGCAGCUGGCUCUCACAGCCAAUGGGAUUACAGAGAACAAUGGCCCCGCCCCUUCAGAUGUGGGGGAGUCGACAUCCUCGGAGGACACACCUGCCGACCCCGACCCCGAUCACCCGAUCGAGAACGGGGAGGAGGCUGUCGGCGAGGAAACCAUCAGCAAAGAGGAAGCAGCCGAGCGACUGCUGGAGACGGAGAAGAUCAUCGCUGAACUCAACGAAACGUGGGAAGAGAAACUCAGAAAGACUGAAUCUAUUCGCCUGGAGAGAGAGUCCCUGCUGGCAGAAAUGGGCGUGUCCAUUUCAUCCAAAGAAGACGGAGGAACGCUGGGCGUCUUCUCUCCUAAAGGAACACCUCAUCUGGUCAACUUGAAUGAAGACCCUCUGAUGUCAGAGUGUCUACUGUACUACAUAAAAGAAGGUGUCACCAGGGUUGGACAGCAGGACGUGGACAUUAAACUGUCUGGACAAUUUAUAAAAGAGAUUCACUGUGUUUUUGUCAGUGAGAUCAAUGAUCAGGGAGAAGUGGACGUCAUCCUGGAGCCGUUGGUCGGAGCGGAGACGUACGUCAACGGGAAGCAGAUCACCGACUCCACCAUCCUGAAACAAGGUCACCGCAUCGUCAUGGGGAAGAACCACGUGUUCCGCUUCAACCACCCGGAGCAGGCGAGGCUGGAGAGGGAGCGCAGUGUCACGGCGGAGCAGCAGGGGGAGCCGGAGGACUGGAACUACGCUCAGAAGGAGCUGCUGGAGAAGCAAGGGAUCGACAUCAAGCUGGAGAUGGAGAAAAGACUACAGGACAUGGAGACUCAGUACCGUAAAGAGAAGGAGGAGGCUGAUCUGCUGCUGGAGCAACACAGACUGUACGCAGACAGCGACAGCGGUGACGACUCAGACAAACGCUCGUGUGAAGAGAGCUGGAGACUGAUUUCCUCCCUCAGAGAGAAACUGCCUGCCAACAAGGUCCAGACCAUAGUGAAGCGCUGUGGUCUGCCCAGCAGUGGCAAGAGGAGGGAGCCGCUCAGAGUUUAUCAGAUUCCUCAGAGGAGGAGGAUCAGCAAAGACCCCAAACGUGUCACCAUGGACGACCUCCGCAUGCAAGCUGUCAAAGAGAUCUGCUACGAGGUGGCGCUGGGAGAUUUCCGUCACUCGCGGCAGGAGAUCGAGGCGCUGUCCAUCGUCAAGAUGAAGGAGCUGUGUCGCAUGUACGUCAAGAAGGACGCCAGCGAGCGCGAGAGCUGGCAGGCGGUUGCCCAGGACGUCUGCGACACGGUGGGCAUCGGAGAGGAGAGGAGCCCCCCCGCGGAGGAGGGAGGGGGAGGAGGAGGAGGAGGAGAGACGGGGGAGGGAGCACCGAAGGGAAAAGUGUACGACCUGAAGGCUCACAUCGACAAACUGACUGACAUCCUGGAGGAGGUGAAGCUGCAGAACAACAUGAAGGACGAGGAGAUCAAAGCUCUGAGGGACAGGAUGAUCAAGAUGGAGAGCAUCAUACCUGUGCAGGACGACGAGGUGAACAGCGAAGAAGGCGGGUCUCCUCCUCCUCAGAGGGACGGCGGGGGGGACGGAGACUGCGAGGGUGAAGUGGUCCCGGACGGCAGAGUGAAGCGGCUGAUGAACGAGGACCCGGCGUUCAGGAGAGGACGCCUCCGGUGGCUGAAGCAGGAACAGCAGCGGAUCCUGAACCUGCAGCAGCAGAACAUCACCAAGAAGCUGCGGGGACAGAACCAGACCCCGGGUCAGAACCUGCCCGUUGUUCCUGUGCACCUACCAGGGACCGGGCGCUUCAUCCCUCCACAGGAGCGCAAGCUCAAAUUCCCCUUCAAGAGUAACCCCGCCCACCGGUUGUCAUGGGGACCAGCCAGCGCCGCUCUGGAGGCUCUGGGUCUCGGGGAGGGGGGAGGAGUCGAGGGUGGAGAGCAGAGGGAGGAGGGCGGAGGAGAAGGUAAAGGCUCCCCCUCGCCUCCACCUCCUCAGAGUCAUCAGUCUCCUGCUCUUUUGCCCCUCCCCUUUCAGGCCCCACCCCCUCGCAUGCGCUCCCCCAGCCCUCAUCGUGCCUGGCAACAGCGUAACCAAGGAAACUUCCACUACCAGCACCAGGGCAACAACCAAAACCAACAGCACCGCUACCGCCGCAACUCUCUGGACAGCUCCGCCCACAACUUCAGUCACUACGACAACGGCCAGCAGCACGGUGGGGGCGGGGGUGGUGGUCACCAGGGGCGACCGCGACAGAGGAGGGGUGUGUCGCCCGGGCCGGGUGGGGAGCGAGGGGGAGGAGACGGAGGCUUCCAUUAUAACCAACACCCACCCCAGCAGUAUCACCACCCCCACCCCUACUACAACCCCCACAAUGCACCAUUCCAGCCAGGGCCGCACCCCAACUACCACAGCCUGCCACGGCCCGGGGCUCCGCCCCCUCCCGCUGACAUGCUGCUCUUGGCGGGGCCGCCGCUGCCGCCAGGUGGGUGGGGCUUCACGACCCCACCCAGGAUGAGACGGCAGUUCAGCGCGCCAGACCUGAAGAACAAGGAGACGCCAAUCUGACCUCUGAACUCUUGAUACGGUGGUUUUCUGAUGUGGCUGCGGGACAGAGGGGGGAGGGGCCCUGAUGCUGUAGUGACGUGUGUGUGUGUGUGUUGUCAUCACACACACACACACCCUGUAUCUUCAAUCCUGCUGUGUGUGUGUGUGUGUGUAUGCGUGCGUGUGUGUGUGUGUGUGUGCCUUCCUCCUAGCUUUUAUGUUAGCGUGGGUUACCUGUUGCCAUGACAACACUUUAUUUUGCCGAGCUUUUAAUUCAAGAUGGAAGUUUAUCAUAUAAUGAGUUGUUUUUUUAAAAAUUGAUCAGUCAUUGAUACCAAGUGUCGGAUGUGUGUUAGCCGUGGAGGCUAGUUUGUGUUAGUGUUUUUUUGAAGGAUGAAGUGGGCGUGGCAUGGUGCGUGUUUGUACUUUAUAUGAACGUCAGCUUUUAGGUCCUCUGUUUCAGCCGCCGUUAGCCUCGAGAGGCUAACUAUUCUGGUUUAGCCUGACAGGUCUGUGUUAGCUUGGGCUAGCUACUUAGCUUGAGCAGGGAGAAAAAUUGGUUGCUGUUUAUUAGGUGUUUAUUUUUUUUAGGCAUAGUAGGUGACGUGCUGAAGUGUAAGAAUAAUCUGUAGCUUAGUUUAGCCUAGCUUAUCUUAGUUUAGCUAAGGCAGCAUUCAGGUUACAUGGGGAGUCACUUUGACCAUGAACUCAUUAGUUUUACUUGCGUCAUUUUAAGUCGUGUUUGUACAGUAACGGAGAAGAAUUUGGAUGAUCCCAAGUUGCACCACCAGGGGGAGCUAGCUAAAGUGCGAUUUAAUAAAAAGCAAAUGCAGUGUUUUGCACGCAAGUUUCACCGACUGACUCCACCCGGGCCUUUGAUUCUGGGUGUGAGUCGUGGUUUUAAAGGAAUAUUCUGAAAACAGGAGACUGUCGAGAUCACGCGUGGUUUGCACCUGGCGACACCAAUCCUGCGUUAGCGCACGUUGUCCUCGCGAUUACCUCAAAAGUGAAUCCCACAAAAAAAACGCGCACUUUACGUCCUUCGCCUCUGUCGCUGUAAACGCUCGUGUGACUUGACGUUAAGUAUUCGACGUUAACACGACUUUUAGACGCCUCUUUGUUCAGUGUGAAGAGGAGAGUAUUUAUUUGAACACUAAUAAACAUUAAAAAAUCCCAUGUGACCUGAACGCUGCGCCGCGGAGAGCUGCAAACCAAAGAAAAGCCGCUGUGCGGCGCCUCCUGCUGGAGCGCCGACAGACGCACUGCUGUACAGACGGAGCGUGAUGAAGGAAGAGGCGGAGCUGUGGUUGUAAAUGUGUUGAAGCGCCGUGUCGUGUGUGUAUAUUUGAAGUCUUGUUUUCAUGAAGAUGAAUCUACUUUUUAACGGUGAGUUCACCGUCUCGGGCAAUCGUGGCGGGGAAGACGCAGCAAGUGAUACCCGACAUCAGUGGAGAUGUACUAAUCAUGGUGGGUCGUAGUUUACGUAGGGAUGUGUGAGCAAGGGACUCUGGGAAAUGUAGUCAGAGAGCGGUGGGGCGGAUGAGAGAAUGAAGAGAAGCCUGAGAAACACGAGAAGAGACUUUGUUUUGUUUUAAAUGACGAGAGACACGAGGACCUGACACUACUUUAGAUAUGAUUUGUCCAAAAGCGGAAGGGACGGUGGCGAGAAGCCGCUGCCUUCAUGAGACGCUGGGAAGAUGGGAAAUGUGGCGUGGGCAGCACCCAUAAACCGCUCGCUCUGCCACACCAAACCCCACAGAGAAAACUGCUGGGUUUAACGUCUCAGCACGCAGGAGUCGUCGCUCCACUGCUGCGUCCGUCGUUGAGCUCGUACGUGUUAUUUUGUCACUUCAGAUUUACCUCAACGUCAUAAACUCACCACACGAGGCAGCAGUUGACCAGCGGCUCCUGUGACCACCCCGCAAGCUUAAAUCACUGAUUUUCUCUAUGGGGUUUGGUGUGGGAAAACGAGUGGUUUCACUAAUUUCGGUUUCUUGCUGGAAAACUGACGUAAAGACGCGAUAAAACGUGAUCUUAAGAGAAACAUCGCAAACUUAAACUUCUUUAACGUUCCCAAAACAACGAUGUGUUUGCUGUUGGGAGGAGCUGGGAGUUUGUGGCACUGCACUGCCUGAAACCCCGCCCCCUCCCCCCCAGAAACAGAGCAAGGCAUUGUGGGAAAUGUCAAAAGGAGGGGGAAUCAGAACCAACCACUGGGAGCGCUCUCUCCCUGACAGUCGGGGGGGGGGGGGAGUCGCCAUGGUGAUGACGAUGACGACAAAAACAGCCGAUUGGCCGGCGAGACGUGACAUCAGCAGAUUAGUUUGGUGCGUUUGUCUCGACCAAUCGCGGGACAAUCGCAUUAAUCUGCCGCCACCGCAGGGCAUGAUGGGAAAUGAUGUUUUCCCCGUUUUUUUUCUUUUCUGUUUUUCAGUUUCCAACUCUGGGCUCUGAUUGGCUUUUUUAUUUUUUAAUUAUUAUAAUCUUUUUCUCUUUUUUUUUUCUGAAUAUUUUAACCCCGCCUACUUGUUUGACUUUACUUUAUGAUGUCAUCGCAUCAUCAUCACUUCUAUUAAUAUAAUUAUGAUAAAGUUAUAAGCGUCGUUAAUGUCGGUUCUUGUGGAUGCUGCUAAAGGGAGCUCGGUCGCCCUCAUGCACGUGUGUGUGUGUGUGUGUGUGUGUGUUUAUUUAGAGUCAUAAUCUAAUGUUUGUUUUUCUUUAUGAAACUGAUUUUAGUUGAUUUUCUUCUUAACAUCUGUUACUGGAGGAGGAGGGGCCUGAGGAGUGGGGGGGCAGGGUUAUGGAGCUGUUGCCAUGGUAAUUUGUGCCGAUAUCCGUUUAACUUUGUUUACGACUGAUUUACCGUGAAACGUUUACGACAAACCUGCGGAAAUUCUGCGUUCUGACCACAAAUGGAACGUAACAUUAAUUUAAAACAUUCUCGUCGUCUCCUCUCUCUGAAUAGCCCCGCCCACUCCCUCUGUGACAUCACGGCAUGGACCGUGGAACGUGUGAUGACAUCAUCACGGCCAAGCCCCUCCUCCUAUUGGCUGAGAUGUUUUUCUGUCUGUUUAUUUUUGUUGGUUUUCUUGUAUCAGGAACCAAUCUCAGGCUCUACCUGCAAAAAACGUGACGGCAAUAAAAGUGUCCACAAACACGA